AUGGAUUUGCAUUUGAAGAAGUUGUUUGGUAGGUUUCAGGAACAAUUCGGUUCAGGUCCGGGUCUUGGACCCGGAUCCGGUGUUUGCUUGAUGAAAGUUGAAGGUAUAUCUUCCAAUAUUGUUCAAUCCAUAUUCAGAGCUUCAGCUUCUUUAUACAGAAGUGAGCCAUGGAAGAAGCUUAGACCGGGUCAUUUGUUCGGUGUUCGGGUCGGAAAAGACUCUGACUGGUCAGGAAAGAGACGGCCUUUUCAAUGUGUUCAGUUCAUAGGAGGUGAUGGUGGUGAUAUAGCAAUCUAUAUGUAUAGGUCAAUGAACUCUGCUCUGAAAAUGACUGAUGAUUCAUGGGAAAUGGCUAGAGUUCCCAAUGUCGAGGUUUUGAGGGUUACUUAUGAGCUUGAGUCAUUGAUGCUUCCUUCUAAUAAGAGAAUGGUUAAGUCUUUGGGUUUAGAGGUUUCUGGGACUGAUCGGUUUCCGGUCAUCGAUGUUGCGCGGUGCAUGACCACUGGCGAGCUUCAGUUCAGAAACCCGACACUCGAAGAGCUUAGGCUUGUGUUUGUUGUAAUGAAAGCUCUUUCUUUGGUUCAUCCUUUGCUGCUUCAAGAGGAGAAUCAAGUCAGGGGAUUGCCAAGGAUGUUAAAGUUUUCACCUUUUAUUGAGACUGUUGAUGUUCAGUGGCCACCAGAGAUGUUUAAAGGACAUGAUUUUGUUGCUGUCACGGUUUCGCAUCCUCCUGGUCAAUCAUAUGAACAGAAGUCCAAGAAAACCGCGGUAAUGGCACGCGAAGAUGAUGAGUUGGAAAUAGUUUCAGGCAUGACCAAUCUGCAAGUUGGUUCUGGUGCAGAAGCGGGUUUAAGACGGUGCACAAUGUGCGAGAAAUCUGUUCUUAGAGAUGAGUCUGUUUGUUGUAGCCAUUGCCGUGCAACUAUGUACUGUAGUUCAGAUUGUGAGAAAAGGCACUGGCGAGAGAUGCACCGGAGUGUUUGUGGUCUCUACGAAGCAAUGAUGAGUAGAGAAGAAGAGCUUAAGAUCAAGAUCUUCACUUUCUCGUGUUAUGCUGAAAACGCAUGCCAAUGGCUUGGAUCUUUAGGUAUCCAUAAAAAGGGAAUGUGGAGGAGACAAUGCGGUUGCUAUUCUCACAGCCCUUUCGGGCUCUUAAACGGUAUCUCCUCAGAUGCACAAUCUGAAUCAUGGGGAGGGCUUGAGGAUAGAGAUUAUCCUCAAGAUUUACCGAUUCAGAAUCUGAACAACGGGCGUUCCCUGGGUAUGUUCCUCCUGUCAAAUUGGUCGGAUUACUAUAAUCUCCGUUGUUUACCACCAUCAAGCCCGGUUUGUGACAUUCUCUCCUACCCUUUGACCCUUUACCACAUAUUAACAACACUAAGCAUUCAUUGCAAGAAUCUCUUGCUCAAAGGGAAAGAAGUGACUGUCCAUUACGUAGGUCCUGAACGAGAACUCGACUGGAUUAAAGCAUUUGCAGAGAUCAAUCACUUACUUAAUGGUUUAGGAACCGUGCAGAUCAUAAUGGUCGGACCUGAAGUUCCAUCCGACUUAUCUGGUACAAUAGCAACCACCUCCACGACAAACAAUAGCAGAGUUAAGGUGAGCUUUGUGAAAGGUUUGUACCAAGACGAGGUAGCAUACCUGACAUCACCAGACAUUGUUGUAGCCUUCAACUGUGACCUUGACGGGUAUUCGAGCUGGGCAGGAGCAGUUGAGGCUGUGAACAACAUGCGCAGCCCGGGUUUCUUCACUGAUAAGACAGAAGAUGCUUGUGGAAAUGCAAAGGCGGUUUUGCAUAACGCAGGGCUGGAUAUCUCUCAUCCGGUUGCUCCAAACCCUUUCCGCUCACCUGUGAGGACUUAUGCAGAGUCCAGCAAUCUUCCAUGUUACAGCAACGGCUUCAUCCUCGGGGUGAAUACAUAA